AUGUCGCAUUCUUGGUUGCAGAAGAAGCGCAAAGGCGAGCUGCUGGAGCUUGCGCAGACCGCGAAGCUUGCCGAUGCGGACGGUUUGUUGAAGGACGACUUGGUGCUUGCACUUGAAGGCCAUCUGAACAGUAACGAGACCACAUACGCCAAGCACCCAAACUUCAAAGACUACUACAGCCGUGGAGGCUCGCCCGUGAAGCGCGAGUAUUCGUCACCGGAACCCCUGGCUACUGUGAAGUCGACGCGUCGUAGCACUCUUACCGUCAAGUCCGCCUCCCAAAGCCUUGCGCAGACCACCCAAGACGUGACGCAGAGCAUCGCAAAGCAGACUCCACGAGCCCUACCACGACGUGUCUCGCAGAUUGGCAACGAAAUCGACCUCCCCGCCUCUCCGUCCCAGCUUGCCGAAGUCGCCGAUCAGUCGUUCCAAGCUGCAAAGACCAAGGCGUCCGAGCUGUGGGAGAAGACACGGGUCGAUGAAAUCAAGGAGGCCAUCCGGGAGAACGUCAGCUCGGUUGCUGCGAUCCAGACCCUUAUCCUCCUCAUCGAGGCUGCCGGACUCCAGUUCAACACACUUCAAACAACGCCGGCCUUCGCUAUCGAUGCAGACAACAGCCAUUACCUGCACAUCCCCGACUUCUGGACGCUUCUGACGAGCGAGUGGUGGGCGCCGGCGACGAUGUGGUCUCUGACGAGCUGGGUGCUGCCAUUUGUCCUGUCUUACUUCUUCAACCUAACGCUACGAUCGAACACCAACCACAAGUCCUCCUACCGCCAGUACCCCGCAGACCCGCUUGUUUUCAACAUCGUCAAGGCCAUUUUGGCGUAUAGCGCGUAUCGGCUGCCUCUUAUCGACGCGUCUCUGGUGGGCGAAGCUGGGCUUGCCAAAACUAUCAGCUUGAAUUGGGGCCCAUUCUCAGAGCAGACUGUUGGUGUUGUGCGUAAUAACGUCCCGGGGGGCUAUCAGGGAUUGCAGAUUGGCGCUGUGGUCGGCGUCUUGGUCAGCUUGUACGACGCUGCGCUCAAGAAGUGAGCUCGGCCUGAACUGGUUUGGGACUCGGGUUUCCGUUGGUUAUCAGAUCGCAGCGUUAGGUUGGGCUUCCACUGGUUAGGCUGCGUCCACCGAAAUGUGGAGUCAUAGGCAGUGUCUUGAGGAAACGGCGCUUGUGGAGAAUGGCGUACUGUUAUUCGAUUACUCAUGUUGGCGCCGACUUUUCUAUCCCUCUCAAUACGUAUUCGUUCAGUCACCACCGCGCUAGCGUCGUGAAACUACCUUGCUAAACCUGCAGCAGUAUUC